AUGGCUGAUGCAUUGAGCCACAAAUCUAUAACCAGAUUGAAGCUCACUCCAUUGUCAAUAGUGCAUGAUUUGAGAACAUUACAUACACAACUGUUGUUUAACAUUGAUGGGUGUAUCCAGGCAAAUAUGCAUGUUAAACCACCAUUGAUCAAGCAAAUUAAGGAAACAGCAUUAAAGGAUAAAAGAUAUACAAAGCUGGUUAAAGAAGUUAGGCAGAAUGGGAAACUAGGAUUUACUGUUGACAAGGAUGGCAUGCUAAUAUUUCAGGGUCGAAUGUGUGUACCAGACAAUGACAAGUUAAAACAGCCCAUUUUGAAGGAAACACAUGAUUCUACAUUUGCCAUGCAUCCUGGAGGAACAACGAUGUGUAGGGAUUUGAAGGAGCACUACUGGUGGCGAGACAGAUUGACUAAAUCAUCUCACUUCCUGCCUGUAAGGAUGGACUAUAGUUUAGAUCAAUUAGCUGAGUUAUAUAUAAAUGAAGCGACAAAUGGCCAGUCAGAAAGGAUUAUACAGGUGUUGGAGGACAUGCUUAGAGCUUGUGUUAUGGAGUUUGAGGGUAGUUGGGAUAAAUAUUUGCUUUUGAUAGAAUUUGCUUAUAACAGUAGCUAUCAAUCGAGCAUUGGUAUGCCUCCAUAUGAAGCAUUAUAUGGCUGGAAAUGCAGGACUCCUUUAUGUUGGGAUGAAGUGGGCAAGAGGAAAUUAAUUGGCCCAAAUCUUAUGCAACAAACAGAAAAGAAGGUUAGAAUUAUCAAGGAUAAAUUGAAAGCCGCUACAGAUAGACAGAAGUCAUAUGUUGAUCUUAAGAGGCGAGAUAUAGAAUAUAAUGUUAGAGAUAAAGCAUUUUUGAAGGUUUCUCCCUGA